AUGUGGGUCACAGCAAAGCCGAGCACCUUGGACAUGUGUUUUGGACUCAAGAUCUGCAGUCCAAAACAGUCCCUGUCUGUCCCCGCCACACAGCCUCAUCCCCAGGGCAAGGUACCACCGCCGCCGCCUGGGAGACCUACCGGGAACUGUGCGGGACAGCACCGGAUUCUGCUGAAAGGCUGCAAUGCCAAGCAUGGCUUCUACGUCUUCAAAUACGUCUACUCGUUUUCAACGCGGAGGAACCAGACGCAGAUGAAGAAGGAAGAGGCUGACAGCCAGAGUGCCGUCCCCGGCCAUCAGCUGGGUGAGGAUGAUGCCAGGCAGGGGCUGACAGAUGACAGGGCAGCCCCAGAGCACGGUGGCAAUGGCAGCACAGUUGUGAUGGAGGACGGGACCAGCCUCAGGCCCGACAACCGCAGCACUGCAGGCGUUGGCAGGGAUGCUCACAGACCUCGCCCGGGCACCGGUGCACGAGCACGUGGUGGCGUUGGCAUUGCAGGUCCCACCCCGGCCAGCUCAGAGGGCAGUGGUGACCUGGAUUUAGUGCUUGAAGUUGAUGGUGGUGUUUCCAUUGUCCCUGAGGGUGGACACUCCGGAGGGGCUGUGGAUGAGGGCAGCGGUGAGGCCACCAUCCCUGUCCAAGGGCAGGAGGGUGCCAUGCAGGGCCCAGGGACAGGAGGUGCUGCUCUUGCUUCUGUCACUGAGAAGAUGGAGGAUGUCCAAGUUGAUGCCAAAGGUGUGGAUGAAUACGCUUACAUCCCUGACUCGAGCAGCAUCACCAUCACUCAAAGGAAGGUGGGCAGCACACCAAGGGCCACCAGCUUCACCCAGAUCUCUCCGGACAAGGACGAUGAGGUCAACAUCUUCAUUGGGCGGGCCAAUAUCCACGUGGGAGAGCAAGAAACCACCCAGGCUGGUGCCACUGUUGGCACUGAGGAUGACGGCAUCCCCGCUGAAGCAACUAGCAGCCCCCUGCCCAGGCUGGGUGUCACUGUGGCGCACGAUGGCAAUGACGAUGAUGGCAUCCCUGCUCACAGGCAGCCCGAAGGACUGGCCACCACAGCCCCCCCCAGAGAGAUGCCCCCCCCCCCCGGCCCCCCCGAGCCAUGGGUACAGCAUUACCAGCAGCCCCAGCAGGAGGGUGACGAGGAGGCUGAUGUCACCACCCCAGCUGAGGGAGCCAGCAUCCGCCUGGGCACCACUGUGGCCUCCCCUGGGGUGAGCGAGAAGGACUGCACCACCACCCUGGAGACCGCUGGCGGCCACAAG